AUGCACAUCUCGUUUAUUUUGGUUCUUCUCCUACUUUCACCGCAUCUCAUCACUGCAAAACUGCCGUUUCCUGGAAAGGCGGACAGACGAGAUUGGACUGUGUACGGGUAGGAUUCUCGAAAACUCUUCCACAAGAAACGUUUCGACUUGUACACAGCAUCGAGUUUGGCACUCAAGAAGCCGUCGUGAACGUGGAUCAAUGGCUGUGCGGCAGCGAGUUCUUCACCGAAAAGACCGCCUACGCGGCAAUGUACUUGACGUGCGAGGAGAAAAUGCGUGAGUUCUCGAAAUCGGCGGAAAGAUCUAGUGGGAUUGUAGCCGAGUUGAACAUGUGCUGUGCCACGCACGACAGUUGCUACGACAACACGAUCGUCAGUCAGCAGUACUGCGACGAGCACUUUUGCAACUGCAUCCACGUCCGUCCCUUCCUACUCUAGCGAAUAUUGUAGAUAUGGUUCAGAAUGCGAUGAGUCGGCCUUCGGGACUGCCGUCCGGAUGCUCGACACUCUUCACGAACAUCGCGUGUACCGGAGUCCGAGCCUUUGGUAGUAAAGUGUUUGCAAGUGAGGGAAAUAUUCAGACGAAAGAACGAUAAUUCUCGCUCAGACCCGAAGCCCGAUAGGACAACUCUUCCGGCCUAUCAUCCGGCGAUGAACAAGACCGUCCACGAGGAAUACGACAAGUUGUACGGCUCUUGUCCCGGAUUCCGAAGUGACCAACCAAGAUCCAUGGACCCUAUAAUAGCGAUCCCGUUUCCAGAACCGAUCACAACUUGCGCGUACAACCACGCCGUCUGCCAUCUGCAAAUGCUUCCGGAAUCCAGAUACGCCGAGAGCUAUCCGGACUGUCGGGACCAGCUGAUUGAGUGCGUCGAGACGUUCUCGGGCCUUCUGAUCAAGGAGAACGAGGGGUGUCUGCGGCAGAUCGACGUGGUUGUCAGGGCUGUCAAACAGGGUAUCAUCGGAUGCUUUCUCUGGCACUUCGUUAUUAAUUUAACGGCGGCCUAAUAAGAUUGAUAUGACACCUAAUUAGAUUAAUAAAUCUUCUAGCUAGAUUAAUACAUUUUCUAGCUAGAUUAAUAAAUUUUCUAGCUAGAUUGAAAAGUGCUCAAAUCAAUCUCGAUUGCGCCAAGAAAAAACAGGCGAAUCUAAUUAGGUCGCGUUUAGAUCAGUAACUUUCUAAUUAGAUUAAUAUCGAAUUGCCAGAGUUUGGAGGGGUGGGGAAAAGUGAAAUAAUGGGAAUGUUUGCAGAUGCAAAAGAAUCUGGGCUUCUGGAGUAUUUGUAUGAGCCCGAAGAGGCGGAAGGUUCGACCGCUGGAGGUACUACCGGGACCACAACAAUCAUCAUCAACUCGACCAUUGAAGAAUAUGACGGAAUUAUUGAACAACUGAACAACUUGUAA